UAAAGAAGUUCCUCAGCGUUUUCAUAUCAACAUUUCAAGAGGCAGGAGUCGGACAAACGUCCCUGCGUGUAUAUCUUCACCGAAUGCAUCGUGUAUGAGUUUGUAAAGUGUGAUACAGGAUGGCAUCCAACCCAGGUUAUUCGCACAGAGACCCUAUGCUGAAGAAGAGGGAUGACUUUGAGGACAUUUUGGAGGAGAGGAGGACGUCCAGCGACCUGCGGUACGGCCUCAGAUGUUACACUCCGGCUCCGUAUAAAGGAGUGACGCCGUGUCACUCCGGCCUGCUGAAGAGCAUGGUGCUGCAGUCGGACCAGCUGACCUACGUCAUCCGCCAGAUUUCCAAAGAGACGGGCAAGGCGACUGCUGACGUCCAGGAGGAGGCGUCGGCCAUCUUGGAGGAGAUGGCUCACUCUCUGCAGCUCAACACCAUUCGCUUCUUUGCCUUCUCACUCUGCAAAGUCUUUAAAACCUUGUUCAAGAGCAUCUGUGUCAACGAAGAGGGCAUCCAGAGGCUCCAACAGGCCAUUCAGGAGCACCCGGUGGUCCUGUUACCGAGUCACCGUAGUUACAUGGACUUCCUGCUGAUGUCCUACCUCCUGUUCACCUACGACCUGUCGCUGCCCGUCAUCGCUGCCGGCAUGGACUUCAUGGGGAUGAAGGUCAUUGGGGAGAUGCUGCGGAUGUCUGGAGCGUUCUUCAUCCGGAGGUCGUUUGGAGGAGACCAGCUGUACUGGACCGUGUUCUCAGAGUACGUCAGGACCAUGCUCAAGAUUGGAUAUGCACCAGUUGAAUUUUUCCUAGAGGGGACCAGGAGCAGGACGGCCAAGUCUUUGACUCCAAAGUUAGGUCUGUUGAACAUCGCCAUGGAUCCGUUCCUGAAGGGGGAGGUUUAUGAUGUCCACGUGGUGCCGGUCAGCAUCAGCUACGAGAGGAUCCUCGAGGAGACGCUUUACGCCAGAGAGCUGCUGGGUAUUCCCAAACCCAAAGAGUCCACUUCAGGUCUGUUCAAAGCCAGAAAGGUCCUCAGUGAAGACUACGGCAGUAUCCAUGUGUACUUCGGUCAACCUGUGUCCGUCAGAAGUUUAGCCGAGGGCAGAGUUAACCGCCGCCAGUUCAACCUGCUGCCACGACACAUCCCCACGAGGCCGGGCGAGGACGUCCAGAGCUUCGUGAGCGACUCGGCCUACAAGCUGGUGCGGCUCCAGGAGGAGAACAUGGUGCUGAAGCCCUGGGUGCUGCUGGCCUCUUUACUGCUGCAGAACCACCACCAGAACCAGGACCAGGACCAGGGGAUGGCAGUGGACCAGCUGACUGAACAGGCCCUCUGGCUGCGAGACAUUUCCCGGCAGUACGGAGCCUUCCUCCACUGGCCCGACCACAUCGCUCCAUCAGAGGUGGUUUCCUCCAGUCUCUCUCUGCAUGGAGGUCUGGUGAGGCUCUGUGAGGGCAGAGUGCACCUGGCUGUGGAACAAGCAGCAGGACCAUCGAGUCCAGGGGAGGCUCUCAGCCCUGUUACCCCAGAAGAGGAGCUCCUGAACCGGGCAGUGGUGCUCCUCUCCUGCGCCUCCUACAGGAACCAGGCGCUGCACGUAUUCCUACGCCCCGCCCUGUUGGCCUCAGCCCUCCACACCGCCGCCUCCUCCCAGAAACAUGAAGUCUUCAACAGUUUCAGCUUCCUCAGAAACAUUUUCUCCAAUGAGUUCAUCCUCUGUCCUGGAGCUACAGUGCAGGACUUUGAGGAGGCCUGUUUCCUGCUGGUGAAGACUGGAGUUCUGCAGGUGACCCAACAUGAGGUUCUGGUCACAGAAAGCGGACACAGAACUCUGUCCUUCCUCACCAACAUGCUGGAUCCCUUCCUUCAAGGAUACCAGGUGGUGUGCCGGUUCCUGUGUGAAGAAGCCACUGAGACUCUGACAGAAAAACAGUUUAUUCCUGCCGUCCGGAAGUUCAUCAUCAAACAUCUUUUAGCAGGUAGUUUAAGAUACACAGAGGUGUUGUCGUCUGACCUCCAGAAGAACUCUCUGGCAGCUUUGCUCCGACUUGGAGCGGUGCAGAAAAUCAAAGGCGCGGAUCAGGAGACGUUAAAGGUGGACACGGUGAUGGUGAACUCAUUGGAGGACACUUUAGGAGGAAAACUUCCCACUCAGAAAGCUGUCGCCGCUCGCCUCUAAUUCACCGACCUCGUUAGCAGAAAGGAGACCGAGAAGAGUCACCAUUUUGUUUACCUGCAUCGAGAGAUGGCACAAACAAAAGAGUUGAAAAUCCGUUGACAGCUCAAUUUAUUUUGCAAUGUUUUUUUACUUCCCCACCUUCUCUUCACCUCUCUUUUCAAUACGCCUUCUUUCUUCCUCCAAGAACUUUCUAUUAAAAAAUGUUUUAUACACAUUUAUAAAGCCAGAUGAUGGGUACGGCUUUCAAAAGAAGGUGUAUCGCUGAGCUCUCUGCCUCGCUCUGAAACACUGACCUUUGCUAUAUGAGCAGCCUUAUGAAAGCUCCUUAAUGUGCCAAAUCCACUUAGGCUGCUGGCCAUUCUCCCUUAAUGUGUUUUUUUGUGUUUCCUUUAACACUCAGCGUGGAUUUCCUUUGUGGUUUUUCCUACCUGUUUGUAAGCCUUGUCUCCGUCUUUUUUGAGCACUUUAAUUCAUGUAUUUAUGCAAGGUGGUGUGGGCCUUUAUCUAACACUCUUUUGACUUAUCUCUUGUUUUCUGUUUUUGUGGAACAAAAGUUGCUCAAAAGAAGAUUUGGCUGGUUACAUAUUUUACCUUUUUUGAUAAAGAAAAAUGUUUUUCUGAGCUGAACUUGCUACAGACCCAACGCCUACUUCAAGAAUAGCUAGCGGGGGUCGUUUUUGGAUUUAAAACCCACCUUCUGGUCUUUUACCAACACUCAUUCAUCUUUGUUUACAUAUUGGAGGAAAUGCUACACGAUUAAUGCCAGGGUCUAAUAUUUACCAACGACCUUGAAGUUAGUUUACCUGAAGCACUACCAGCUACACCAAAGGAAUACGUUUCUGUUAACUGUUUGAUAUGAUUGACAUAUUUCCCAUAUGUCUAGAAUAGUAAGCCAAGUUGCUUUAUUGUUAGUAGUACAAUGAAACUGUUUAUUGUAAAGUUUAUUCAAAUUCAAAGCCAGAAAAACUUGGUAUGAUUUUGUUACAAGGGAAGAAAGAAAAAGGCAACAUGCAGUAAAGGAAAAUAUGAGCAGUAGCUGUUACGGGAAGUCAGAGGGACAAUGCUAAUAACAUGCUAAUAAAGCAGCAGAAUAAUAGCAGGACUUCACUUGAAAGGAUAAAUAAAAUUGACAAACAACGGGUUUUUUUAAGUCUCAGGUUGAGCUUCUUCGCUGAUAUGAUGGGUGUAAUCUUUAUCAAAUAAGAUUCCCAAUUAGAUUAGUUAAACACAUUUGUAAUUUGAAGCUAUUUAUUUGGUAGCAAAUUAGCGAUGUUAUGUUUUCUUGAAAUCCCAUUCCAGAGCUCGCAGCAGAUUUGUUUUGUUGUUUUAAACACAAGUAGAGCUGCGUGGUUGAUUUUCAUGUUGUUGUAGAAUAAUAAAUCCACAGGUUCUCCGACACUUGACGUGCAUUUUGAACGCAAAAACAGAUUACAUUCGGUUCAUUGACUCCUGCCCCUGUAGCAUGGCGGGUGUGGUUUGAAAUGUUUUGGUUUUGGUGCCAAUAUGAAACCUAAGUUGCCUCGACACUUUGAUACCUUUUGAGGAACAUGAUCCUCUACAAAAACUCAUCCUAACAAAGAAGCCGUGCAAGAACUUUGAUACAUUUAACACAUUUCAAUUCCACCUCGAUUGUCCACACACUAAACCUAAUUGUAAAACUUCCACACACUGAAGUUAACUCAACCUAAAACAACUCUGUGUGUCACAUCCAAAGUGCAAGUGUGUUUCUGUUUUUUUAUUUUUUAUAACAGCUUUUAUACUGUAUUGUGUGUGUGUGUGUGUGUGUGUGUGUGUGUGUGUGUG